AGUCGGGUAGGAGUUGUGCGGCACGCAAGCACAGAGACCCGGUGCUGCGGAGCGCAACUUCGGAACCGAGUGGGUGGGAGCCGCGCGGCCAGUGGAACAGAGUUAAGAGUAACUGAAAGAACGGACUCAGUCUGUCCGCGACCGUCCGUCAAGCAGACGUCUUUGGCGCCGUGUCCUCGAGCUCUCUCGCAGAAGCCACAUGUCGUCCGCGGUGCAUCGGUUACCGGCAUCCUGACCAUCAUCGAUCGCAGUUGAUCAUCCGGCGUGGAUCGCGACUGGUGUCACCGUAUACCCGUUUCCGGUUUCCCCGAGCAACCGUGUUUCUGACAGUUCUGUACCGAUCUUCAUCCGCGCAACAAAGUGACUGACCGUGCGAUCAGUGACAAAACGUGAGAAUAAUGUGGUUGACCAACGUCCUCGCAGGCCUCGUCUGCCUGACUUUUGUCGGAUCACCACCGGGGACCACGGAUGCCUUCAACGUGGAGACUAAACACACCACGGUUUACCGGUACGACACCACCUAUAUGUUCGGGUUCGCUGUGUCGGUGUACAGGGAUAGACAGAGUCGAGGAUGGGCGAUCGUGGGUGCACCGACGGCCGAAACCGAGCAAGAUGGCGUCAAAAGAGGCGGGAAGGUUUACAAAUGCGACAUCGCUACCGAUGACACGUGUUACGCGAUCCGCUUCGACUCCAAGGGAAACAACUACGUUAGAAACCCAAGCGUGGCGGGCGGUUUAAGUCAGAUCGACAAUAAAACGCUUCAGUGGUUCGGUGCAACGGUUUCAGCUUCGUUGAUAGAUGGAGGUCCUAUUUUGGCUUGCGCUCCCAGGUACAUCUGGUUCUCCGUGGCCCAAUCGAGCAAGGAAGCCACCGCCGGAAAUAAACGGGAACCUGUCGGCACCUGUUGGGUCGUCAGCGACAAUUUCAAGGAGUCGCGGGAAUUUUCGCCCUGCCGCACAAAAUACUGGGGAUACCACAGGCAGGGAUCCUGUCAAGCUGGAUUGGGCGCCGCCAUAUCCAAGAACGGUGAGAGGCUCUUCAUCGGAGCGCCCGGAAAUUGCUACUGGCAAGGUCAGAUAUACUCGAUCAGCACCGCUAUGAGGUUGAAGUUCGUAGCGACGAUGUUGUUCACACCCGAAGCAGAUGCAUCAGGCCAAGCAUUUUCACAGCCGUUGAACAGCGGCUCGAAAAUAAUGUUCACCAAGGAAGGUCCGGCGACAGAGGACGAUAGCUACAUGGGUUACUCCGUCACGGCCGGGGACUUUACUGGAAACGGCGACAGCGGCAUGGCUGUCGGCAUGCCUCGUGGCUCCGAACUACUCGGCAAAGUUAUUCUCUUCACUUCGAAUAUGACGAAUCAUCGGAAUAUUACUGGUGAACAAAUGGGAGCUUAUUUCGGUUAUGCCGUGGCUUCCGGCGACAUCGACGGCGACGGCUUAGACGAUCUCAUAGUUGGCGCGCCUAUGUACACCGUGCCUGAUAACCCGGAAAUGACCAUCGAGACCGGAAGGGUGUACGUGAUCUAUCAAGGCGCCGGACCUGAAAAAUUCCGCAGAGUCGAUUCCAGGGACGGGGAGAGCAACCGCGGGCGAUUCGGCUUGUCGCUGAGCUCACUGGGAGAUAUUGACCGUGACGGUUACGGGGACUUCGUGGUGGGUGCUCCUUACGGCGGGCUCCACGGCCGCGGCGCUGUCUACAUCUACCACGGGUCCGCCACCGGUGUCCUCGAGAAAUACUCCCAGGCGAUCUACCCCGAAGACCUGAGGCUGCCUGUCGACAUGCAGACCUUCGGAUUCUCUGUCGCCGGUGGCCUCGACCUUGACGGGAACCACUAUCCGGACCUAGUCGUCGGUGCCUACGAGUCCAGCACAGCGGUGUUCUUCAGAUCUCGGCCGGUCAUCAAAAUGGACUCCUACGUGACGUUCGAUCAGGAGUCGAAACUGAUCUCGCUGGACGAUAAGAAUCGUACCCUGUCGGAUGGCAGCCGGGUCACCGCUUUCCCGUUGAAGGCUUGCUUCAAGUACAGCGGCGAGGGCGUCUCGUCCAGCCACACUUUUAACAUUCAGUACGUUCUGGACGUGAAGAAGACGAAGAAUCCCAGGCUGUUCUUCUUGGAACUGGAGGGCAAGAACACGAUGAACCGCACGAUCACUGUUGAUCUGGAUCGACAGUUCUGUUGGACUGUUCAGGUAUACGUGGCACCGAACAUUCGGGACAAGCUGACAUCGCUGGACGCCGAGAUGCGCAUGAGUCUCGACGAAGAGCGUUAUAAAGACAACAGACCACGAGAUCCGAGACUUCCACUGCGACCUGUUCUGGGAUCUACAACGUCCAGAAGGGAUUCUCUGUCUAUCAGAAAGAACUGUGGACCCGACAACGUCUGCAUACCGGAUCUGCAAAUGAACGUGACGUCGAACGUUCUCAGGUACCUUCUGGGCUCCGGGAAACGGUUGGAAUUGGACGUGCUGGUGCAGAACAUGGGCGAGGACGCGUUCGAGUCGACGUACAACCUGAGGCUGCCGGCUGGCAUCGACUACAUCAAGGUGGAGAAGAUCGAGACCAUGGGAAUGCCCGUGCAAUGCUCGGCGCCGAAGCAAUCGAACAACAAUACCCUUCGUUGCGACAUCGGCAAUCCUCUGCAGAAGAACGGUUUGGUGAAGUUCAAGGUCCUGCUGCAGCCUGUCACCUCGCAAGGGAUGAAGCCUGUCUACGAAUUCGAAAUGGACGUGAACACCACCAAUCCGGAGAAUCCGUCGACGGCCGGCGACAACUUGUACACUUUGAAACUGCCGAUUUGGAUCGAGACCGAUCUACGCGUUGACGGUGAGAGCAAACCGAAGGAUCUCUACUACGACCCUGACAAUUACACCAGCGAAACUAACGCGACCACUGAAAUGGAGUUCGGCCCCGCUAUGACGCACAAUUACACCAUACGAAACCUGGGACCCUCCGAUGUUAUUGAAGCGGAAGUCUUCCUCAUUUGGCCUGCGCAGACCCUGGCCGGAAACGAGCUGCUGUAUCUGCUGGAGCAGCCUGAGACUUCCGGGCCUAUCGCCUGCGAGACCGCCAAUGCGAAUUAUCUUAGCUUGAAGUUGGACCAACGCAGAAAGAUAUUGUAUCAUCACUCGGAGCCAUCGGGCGUAAUCUUGGACGAGUCGCAAUCCGGCAAGACGAUCAACGUGCAAAGAGGAUUCGAAGCGGACAAAGCCAAGAUCAACCAGAAAGAGGAGGCAGAGAUCCACAGCGGGGACAGUUCGAGCAUCCAAAAGACCCGUCACUCAUCCUCCUCGUCCUCUAACGUCGUCGCCAGCGAAACCAGGAGGAUACAGUUGUCCUCGACAGGCGACAAGCCGGACGUCCUCGUGACCACCUACACCCACAACAACUCUGGCACGAGCUCUAUCAACACCGGAAAUCUGUCGAACGGGAACAAGGGUCUCGUGUUUCACACGCAGACCGGCGGUCACAGCGACUCCGGCGCUUUGGGCGGCGGUUUCCGCUCGAGCGAGGACACGGGUCUGGGCCCGAGGAUUCCCAGCCUGGAGGAGCACUACGGGACCCGUGUAAAUCACACGAAAACGCUCGAGAGUCGCUGGGGCGAGACGAGCGUCUCCGGAGGCCGCACGGUUUCCGGUUCGUUCGACGCCGAGCAAAGCGAGAGCGAGAAGAAGUACCAGGAGCUGCUCAGACAGCAGGAGGAGCUCCGUCGCUUGCAAUACCAAGGACGACAGGAAGAGGAAAGGAGGAGAGCCGAAGAGGAACGGAGGAGAUACGACGAGCAGGAACGGAAGAGACAGGACGAAGAGGAACGGGAGAGGCACGAAGAGGAGGAUCGACGUAGACAGGAAGAAGAGCGGCGAAGACAGGAGGCGGAGGACGCGCGCAGGGUCCAGGAAGAGCGCCAGGAAGAGAUCCGAAGACUCGAGGAGGAGCGAAGGCGAGUGGCCGAAGAGGAGUACAGGCUCCAACAGGGAAGACGUCCUGGGAUAUCGGCUGGAUCAGAGAGCGGCUUGAUCACCGGCGAUCGCGAGGAGACCGUUGGAACCGGCGAAUUCGGUUUCCAGCUGCGCAACGUCAGCUCCACGCAGGAGUUCGAGACUCUGUUUGGCUCCUUGUCGAAGUCUUCUACGUACAAACUGUCCAACAGACAGGGCAGACAUUAUGUCCAGUUCAUGGGCAGGAUGAGGACUUCCGGGGACAAGAGAGAGUACAUAGAGUUCCAGGACGGGUCCAUGUUCCCGCUUCAAGAUCGCUACGGCGACGUCAGUUACGUCUCCGAAAAUUCCGAGCCUCCGGACAGCCGAUUUCAGUGGGUGGAGGGCGAGCUUCUAGUCGAUUCGCGCGGGAAAGGGUUUAUCGUUCUGAAGGACAGCCGCAGGUUUCCUCUGCAGGGCUCGUUCACUUACACGGAGGAACGUUCUUACACCUUGGAUCCGCGAGGAGGCUACCAAGGUAGAGGUUCGAGCGGGUACAGCAGGUCCUGGAGCGAGGACUCCGGCCACCACGUUGGCGGCGACGUUGACUACGAGUCGAGAUACUCGAGCACUCACGAAGAGAGGAGGACGGAGGACAGGAGGACGGAGGACAGGAAAGUCACCAGCAGGACCCACGGUAGAGAGAAUCGCGAGUCUUUCGACGAGGCUAAUACCCAAAGCGUCGACGCUGCCAGCAGAUUCAAACGCGAGAGCGACAUGGUGGACGUGAAGGAGUUCAAGAAAUUCGAGAGAUUGCACAGAGUUCCCAGGGACCUGGAGAAGGAUCUUGUGGCGGAGGAGAGCGAGUUCGACGAGAAGGCCGAUUACGAGAACGACCCUAGGACCCACGGGCCCGUCAGUCCUUGCGACACCGCAAAAUGUGUCAUGUUGAGGUGCGUCGUGGGCCCUCUGAAGAAGGAUCAGGAGGUCUGGAUCGGAGCUAGGUACAGGGUAGACGCGAGGACCUUGAAAAAGGUGGCCAUCCAGGAGAAGGUCAGAGUCUCGACCAAGCUGGUGGCGCGUGUCACCAAGCAACCGUUUAUCGGCACACCUGCCGAACAGGUGGUAAAGAGCCGCGAAGUCAAGACGAACGUCGAACCCAGCUCAAUGCCAACCGUGCCGGAUUCUAUUCCUCUCUGGGUCGUUGUUCUCUCUGCUUGCGCUGGAACGAUCAUCCUGUUGUUGCUCAUCUAUCUGCUGCACAAGUGUGGAUUCUUCAAGAGGAACAGGCCAUCAGAUGCGCCAGAGAGACAACCACUGAAUAGGAAUGGUCACUUCCACGGGGACGAUCACUGAAGCAUAAAUCAAGGAUAGACCAGUGAGAAUUCUCGUGUCACGAUAAACGUCGAACGACAUCGAUCAAUCGAACGAAGUGCCUUGAUCCUUGCGAAUCCGCCAACGGAGCAGGAAUAUGCAUUCGCUGGAUCACGCGGAGCUGUAAUACAGCACUGCCACGUGUAUAAAAUAAUGUUUACUAACGAUAGCGAUUACCUCUAUCUCCAGAACGUUACAGAAACUGGUAGAGUGAAUUAGAAAGGUUCUGGAGCGAUUCUGCGAAUAUUUUACUGCCACUGAAUACUCCUUCCAGCUCCUGCUGUUCGACCAUGCAAGUUUCUAGUCAGGAGACAUUUUCAUUUUUAUUUUAUUUUUUCUCGUUUUUUAAAUCUUUGAUACUGGCCCACGAGUCACUUACUCCUUUGAAAUUGCCAUAACUCUUCCAUUCAUUGAAUAUUCUAAUUUUUGUUGUUUACAUUACAAAGCAUUGAGUGUGAACAUUGGCCAUGAAAAGUAUUGGUCUUAAUACUAGGAAAAUGUAGUUGUUUAAUUUACAAUUACUGAAAUUUGAAAGAUGCAUUUAGGUGCAAUGUACAUCAUCGACAAGAAGUAAUCAACAAUAAAUAUAUAAAGAAAGUCUUAAAGUUAAUGUUCAUUUUUCUAGAAAGCAAAGAAUGAGACAAAUUUGUAAUAUUCUUGGGUUUUAUAAUUCUAAGAUAACUAUAAUGAGUCCAUUGUUUUCUAUUUAGUAAAAGAACGUUUCCCGAAGUAUCGUUAACUUUUCUAUUAUAUUUGUGUUUACUUUCUAUAAAAUAUUAUUACUUAUAUUUGCUCAAAUGAUUCUUUCAAGAAUGAUACUCGCGACUUUGAUGGAAUAGAAUUUGUCAGAAGUAUUAUUAUCAAAAUUGCACAAAAUCAGAUUAAACACAGCCCAGUUAUUUUUGUAUCGUAAUCAUGGUCACUUCUAAUGUUCCACACCUUUAGCUUUGCAGUGUUUGAAAUGAUUGAAUACCAAACUGGAAAUCAUUUACAUUGAAGAAUGACCCCUGAUGUCAAAAAGUUAACAAUGAUGAGUUAGAACAAUUGAACUGUAAUUUUCAGAAUAGAAUGGUAUGUUUGAUUUGAUGUUCAAUGAAUCUUUCAUACUUUAUGUCUCAAGAGAUUUUUCGGAUACCCAGUAGAACAAAUUAAGAAAAUUACAACAAUUUCAAACCAGUUCGUGACUCGCAAGCCACUAUGUAUUUACUUAAGCCUUCCAUUCGUCGAUAAAAGCGAGCAAACUCGACGAACCCAACACGCACAGUUUAAUAAACGUCUCUCGAGGGUAGAAAGUGAACGUUUGCCAGCAUGUCUUUUGUAUUCGCCAUGAGUAGAUAAGAAGAUCGUCUUCUUUUAUUGGUAACGAAAAGUUCGUUGAUUGAAGAUUUAUGGAAGCUCUGCAGAGCUUGUAGAAAUGAUAAUUAAGUCUGGAAAGUUUCGAAAGCGACACGGAGAGGAGGUGCAAUUUUCACUGAAUAAUCGCAGAGUAGUUCAAAGUUUUAUCGAUAUCGUAAAUGUACAGGGUGUGCCAUAACGUGUAGAUCAAACGAGGAACAUGAAAAUAAUUUUAAAAAAGUUCGUAUAGACGUAGGCUCUAUUUGACCUUGUUUCUCUCGUGUCAGAAUAUUUUGUAUUUUAGUUUGUAAAACGGCUGCUUUCCAUCGAAGUACAAGCUUUUUAUAUUUUUCUAUGUUUAACAUCCGAAGAGUUAUUAACCAUUAUACGUUGUUACCACUUACUGUUUUAUAUACGUUGUUAUUGCUAGAAAUUAUUAAAACUCGGAAUAGCUGUAAGAGAGCAAUGUCGAAUAGAAAGUAACUAUAUGCGAACUCUUUUUCUACAUAUAAGUUUUAAGACACUCUGUAUAAUUCUGACUUAAUAAUAAUAUUUAUUUAUGAUAGCCCAUUGAUAGUAGAAAGCAAUAAAGGUGAGAAAAGCUGAGGUAUAGCAAAAUGAAAGGAAAAUGCACAAAAAUAAGCCGCUUUUAUGUAAGAGAAUUAUACAAAGAUAAAUCGUAAAACGUGCUAAUGAAAUAUUCGAAAUUGUAAUCGAUUAGGUGUAUCUUUUAAUACAUUAACAGGUCCGAUCGACCGAAAUAUAUUUUGACACGUUUGCGGGUUUAUUAUCGACAGAUCUCACUUGUCGCCGACAUCGGCAGACGAUUUGUACUUUUCUUUCUUUUGAUCACAAGCAAAGUAAUUUCAACAAACGGAAUCUCAAAUUAUUUAUUAAAUUUCUGCAUUAUACGAUGUAUAUGUAACGUAUGAUAGAGAUCCGUAACCUGAAACGGGGUUCCGCCCCUUGUGUAAGUGUGUACAAUCUUGUAAAUUAUUAAUUGUAUUACUAAAACUAUUCGAAUGAAAAAUAGCUAACGCAAUAAUAGUUAUAUAGAAAGUAAAAAAAGAAAUUCCUGAUCAAUGCAGGAAAGUAGAACUGACUUGUAUAUACAGACUUAAGAUGUAAUAUUAAAAAAUAUAUAUAUAAAUAAUAUUAUUAAUACUACA